AUGAUCCGUCGCAACUCUGACAUCGAGAUCCAACUUCCGGAUGCUGGACCAACGUCACUGUCCGAUUCAGAUUCACUUACAGAUGUGGAAAUGCUAUCCGACCCGACCCUUCCUCUAAGCCUCCCUCCACACAUUGCAGCCCGAUUCUACCGCAAAUCCAGCAAAGUCCGCCGUUCCUCCUCAUCUCGACGAAGCUCGAUCUCCUCCUUACAUUCGCAAUCCAACGCGUCCUCGAGUGCCCCAAGCCCAGACCAUAUCGCCCAACAUCUCCGCCGCACGUCCAUUUUGGAGAGUCGAAAGGCAAGACUCGCAGAUCGGGCGUUACAUGCGGAGAAAGUAAGGUUGCGAGCCGCGCUGGCUAAAGCGGCCACGAGAAACUUACAAAUCGAAGAAAGGGCGCUCGCCGCGCAACAGGCUCGUGAGCGUGUGUUGGCCGAUAUUACUGCCAAGUGCGAGGAACAGGUCAAACGAGCUAAGAAGAAGGCCGAAGAUCAGCGCGAUAAGAAAGCCGCUGAGGAGGCGCGUCUGCGACUGGAAUUGGCGGAAAAGUUCGCCGAGACUGAGAAACGUCGCACGGCUUAUAAGCAGACACAUCGGCGUCAGCGGACCAGCAGCUUGCCCCUUGCUGUGGAGAAGAAGAUGUCCCGGGAAGUCAUGAAGUCACUUACCGAGGAUGCGGCUGCGCGAAAAAUCCAGCGGGUGUGGAAGACACAUCACGCAAAGAUGAUCAUGCAGCAGUUUCAUUCGUUGGGUCUUUCUGUAGACCGCGUGCAGGAAAUGACUUUUGAGCAAGUCGGCGCCAUGCUUUCUAGCGGUAACCUGUUAGAUACCAUGACAAAAGUCCUUCGGCUCUGCGGGCUGCAGGAUAUGGAAGGUGGAGCGAUGGGUGAGAGAGGUGCAGUGCGCACUUUUCUCAGUAGCUAUCUCAUCGCCACUCAUCCGAAAGAGGUUUUGAGCAGCAAUGGAGAUCAGGAGCAAGAUUUGAUUUCCAAGGCUCGGGAGCUACUAGUAGUCUUUGAUCAGGUUACGGCGCUGCUUUCGUCGGGUCGUUGCUCGCCUUCUGUGAUCACUGCGGAUCUCCAAACCUUGUGUGAAUCACAUAAUGUGUUCUUCUCUGCUUUCCAUGCCUGGAAGUCCCAUGAUUCGACCGUCUUGAUUGAGAUCAUGGUUGCCCAGUUUGUCGAGCUGGAACUGAUUUGGCAGACGGUUAAAAACGACAAGGCUGGCGGUGCUGCAGAGGAUUACAGACAAGGUAUCCGACAGAACCAGGUUCUUUUGCUCGCCCGUCUGAAGCGAAUUGCAGGACCUGAACGCCACAUGGAGAUGAUCCGAGAUUCACUGAAGAAGGCCAAGCGAGAAAAGAAACGUGCGGCUUCGAAGCAGGCUAUUCCACGAUCUGCGGGGGCCGCCCCUCCCAGUGCGGAUGUCCUGACGGAGAGUGUUACCUCGCCUCUCAGCGAGUCAUUCAACAACCUCGAUGUGGCGGUGUUCCAGCAGCUGGACAAGCAACGGACAUCUCCUCACGAGCGAUUCACCAAGAUUCUCACCCCGCUCCCUGAAAACAGGGAGCUGGUGCAUGAGCUCCUCAUCAACAAAGAGUUCAAGAUUGAAGAAGCACAUUACACUGAGCCCCGCAGGCAGAUAAUGAAGCAGAUGUGUGACGCAAUGAGAGUAGGGGUCGAGGCCGGACACGGUACCAAUUGGACUGUGGCUAUGGCCACAGUGAUUCAAGAUCGCUUACUGCGGUCCCUCCAACGUGGAAACUCCCUCUACGUGAUAAUAAGUGAAGUUCUGGAUCCUAAGCUGGUUCAGGGACAGUGCGAAGCAGGCACGUUCUCCUAUGAUAAUUUCUUCAAGUUCAUGAACAAUAUCCUGCCUCGCCUAUGUGCUCCAUAUCGAGACCCCGUGGUGAAGGCAUACGUCGAGGACACCUCGGGUGACGCAAUUGACCGACUAGCGCGGUUGAUGAGCGUUAUUGACCUACUCUCCCUCGACCAGACCAACUUCAUGAUCCAGCUCGCCGCCCCGCAGCUCAUUGAAGAAGCCCCCGGGUACGAACAGCGAGCUUUCGACCGAGGCGUCACCGAAGGAACCAUUAGUCUCGACAAAACCCGCCGAUUUUGGCGCCUUCAUCGCAAGAUCAUCGUCGAUGAGAUGAAAAAGCGAGACCCAGAAGGCAUCCAAGGCGAACCUCAUCCACCUUCCGCCCGAGUCUAUGCCCAAGGACUCACGGACACAGUCUUCAGCAAUGCCCUCGUCUCCUCCGAUUUCGUCCCCGAAACCCUAAGCCUUGACCACCAACGACUGGAACGUCUGCACGCCCGAGCCUUCCAAAUCGUCGCAACAGCCUCCAUCCUUCUAACAGCCAAGAAUCUCCUGAAACGAGAUGCCCGCUCCCAAUGGAAACCAGAGGCCGACCGCAUUCUCUCCCUGGACUUCAACGAAAUUAGUCAAGAACGCGUGCAAUCAAUCCUUGAAUCAACACAUCCCAUGCCAUCCGCAGCAAGCGCCACUCUAUCAGCAACCAUUAAACGAGUCCUCGCACCCGUGGCAACAGCCUGUCUCGCGGCCGCACCUCAACUCGCCAUCGUGACAUCGGAAACAUCAGCUUCGGAAAUGUCUCCUUCGGCUGAGAUCCAUGCACCCAGUUUCGUAGACCCCGUCGCGAGACUGAUUUUGUCCCGUUUACGAAGCCAUGUCCUCAGUCGACUUAGUGCUUCUAGUGCUUCUGAGCGUGUGCGUGCAACUACGACUGCUAGUCAGAAUCUGGCUGGGGCUGGGAUGCCGGAGUUUGUUAAUGAGGUUGGGAAAUUGGUUGAGGAGUUGGAGAAGGUUAGGGAGGUUGAUUGGCUUUGUCAUGGGAGUGUUUACGAUGGAUUAUAUGACUAG